AUGGCAGAGAAGCGUGCGUGGGCUCGUGAGAUCGCGAGCGGAGAGGCCGCGAGCGAGUCCGCGUGGGGCCCUGUGCCCAUGUCGGUGCCAGACGGCCAGCUGGUCGUGGUCAGGCAAUCGCGCGAUGGAGGUGCAAGCGAACGCACGCAAUCUCCUCCAGGCCCGCACAGUAUAUCAACCCUCCCCUCCUGGUCUGCCAUUCCAUUCCAUCCCCGCACCCCUCUCCCGCCUAGCAAGAACAUACGCGCGAUGACAUCCACCCAACCCUCCAUCCUGCACCGCUUUCCCCAUGAGCUUCUCACGGAGAUCGCCGUCCACCUCGUCGCCCUCGACCCCCUCGGCCCGCCCUCCGCCCUCGUCCCUCUCUUCCUCACCUGCAAGUACACCCACGCCACCCUCACCUCUUCCUCCUCCCUCUUUGCCCGUGUAUUUCGCACCCAGUUCGACCCCGCCGCUUCUGCCCGCCGUCUCGGUCCACACGGCUCGCACGCCCCAUACCUCGCCGACCAGCUCAAGCACUACUCGCAAGCCCUCUCUUUCUUCCGUAGCGGCGGUACCGGCAACAAGCAUCAGUUCGUCAACGCGUUAUGGCAAGCGUACAUCAUGUGCCUCGAGAACGACGGUCGGAACAUCGCCCAGCUCGAGUGGGCAGGCGCACCCGAUCUCGUCGACAGGUUUGUUAGAGGCCGCCUUGCUAAUGACCGCCUGGAUCAGACGGGCUGGCCGAGGGAGGACGAGGCGAUAUCACUCGCACUCUGGGUGAUGUGGUUCACCAGCACCCCCGCUCGCUUGUCGGCAGAACCCACAACCGCCCGAGGCGAGCUCGCGAACCUCCUCCUGCCCCUGGUCAACCUCCCCUUCCGCUACGCACACGCCUACGCCCCCGCCCAUCACGCCACUCUCCCGCUCCCCUCGCCCACCUCGGCAAACACCCCGCCAUCUGCGAUCCCGCACUCGAUCAUCACAGCGCACGGCGCGUAUCCGUCGUAUGCCCAGCGAAACGUCGCCGAGGUCCCACACUUCGAUCGCCACGGACGCGAGUUGUGUGCUCCGCUCGCGAGCACGGCCGCCAAACUCAUCUGGUUCUCAAGGCGCGAAGUCGUGCCCGUCGGCGUGCCACCUCACCUUCCGCUCAACCGCGCUGAGGCCAUCGCCAACAACAGGCAUGGGCCGACGCAGGCGGAUGUAAGCGAGCUGAACGCGAACAAGCACGCGAGACUGGUGGAGGGGGGUGACUGGUACGACGGCGAGGAUGGCUUGCAGAAUGGGCCGAGCAUGGGCUGGGACGAUGACUGGUGGAGGGCAGUGGACUGCACGGACAUGUUUUCAAAGCCGAGCAUUACGAGGACGCAUUAUUCGUAUGGUCUUAUGCGGGGGUUGUGGCAAGGGCGACUUCUGAUGCCAGAAGAAACCGGGUUCAGAAACCUCCUCGUCACGCCCACCAUGCCCGCCGGCUUCUCGGAGCUCAACCCGAUGUGUGCCGCCUCGCCCGUGUUCAUGCGUCUGCGCGAGCACCACUCGAUCGACCCAGCUGACGCGCUUGCCCCCGGGCACACCUUUGGCGCUGCGAACGCGAUCGACGCCAGUCUUUGGAGGGGAUGGUUGCCUGGGACGAGGACCUGGGUGGACUCUCAGCACACCAUGACUAUCACGUCGCAUGGACAGCCGCACACGUACGCGCACUACGAUCCUGGAAGGCCAUCUACGCACGACAAGGCGACGUGUCGUGCGUGCGUGGAGCGCUUCGGGGACGAUAUCAUCGAGGAGCGGGAGCACGAUGAGGAUUAUGUCCAGGCCCAGGGCAUGGGAGGACAGCCUGCGGGCGACGAGCAGGAUGGGGAAUGGGAAGACGAGUCGAUGAGCUCGGGCGACGAGGACAUGGCCGUGGACGAGACGAUCGAGAUGGUGUACGAGAGCGUCGGACUUGGGCGUCGACAAGGGGCGGGAACAGAAGCGGAUGUGGAGAUGACGGACAGCAGCGAGGCGGGCGAAUUUGCCACAGAGGAGUACUGCGUCAAGCGGCGGUGCGACGGCGUGCAGGACAUCGUCUUCUCGGGCGAGACCGACCUCGCGCACGGGCUCGCGUGGAACCACUAUCGCUUCCUCGGCCGUGUGCGCACGUGGGACGGGCUCGUUGCGAUCCUGCGCAUUCCCGGUGGUGCGCCGCUCGCCACGAACGCGGGGUCGCCCACGAAUCCGCAAUACAACGAGAAUGGCAUUGGCUGGUGGGUUUUUACGGGGUAUGUCGUUGGCGGGCGCAACUUUGUGGGGACGUGGCGGAGCGUGACGGGCGGCGAUCCGAGGGUGCCUGGGUGGGAGGGCGCGGUGGUGAUGAGUCGGCGGGACGGGGAGUGAGGAGGAUGGAGGAUCAUCAGCUCGACAGCUUCGGGCUCAAAACACGAUUUCGAUGCCCUCGACAUUUCAAACGCAAACACUUGGAUAUCUCGGCUCUCAUUACACGACGCAACGCAACGCUACGAUCUACACUACUCCUAGACUUCAAAUCUCCUGGCCUUGGUCAUUAUCGAAACGGCCCAACAACGUGCAUUGAUUUUACCACGUACGCUAUAUUUCUUUUCGCUCGCAUUGUAGCACCCUUCUUUAUUACCCGCGACAUCACUCUUCCGCCCCUCCCUAUUCGACUUUCACACCCGUGUGUCGUGUUUGUUCUCUUCCGUCUCUUUGUUUGUUGCAACUAUCUCAUCGCCUCUGGCCGCGGCACAUGCACAUCUCUCGUCUCGUCUCAUCUCACCUCAUUUGCUUUGCCUUGUCGAUACCGCCCGUACAUAGUCUCACAUCAUACCACGCAUUGCACCAUCGGACAUGCAGUAUCUUCUUACAUCUACCUCACUCGAUCUCGCGCAUUGUUAUAAUAUCAUGUAUCCUCGCAU